AUGGCAAGCGGUGACAGAGAGGAAUCCAAAUGCUGCUUCAAAGAAUGGAUGACAACCCAAGAGGAAGACCUCUCGGAGCUUUUCCAAGCUCUCACCGUCGAGCCGGAAAACAUAGACCAACUUAAACAGCUCGCCGAGAAGAGCAUCACUCACUUCCAGGACUACAUCAAAAGGCGUAACAAACUCGCCCACAAAGACAUCUCUGCCUACUUUGCACCCAACUGGUGCUCUCCCUGGGAGAACUCUCUUCUCUGGGUCGCCGGCUGCCGCCCUUCCUUAUUUUUCCGCCUCGUGUACGCCCUUAGCGGCUCGGAAGUCGAGUCCAAUCUCACCGAGUUCCUCCUUGGCACGAAAGAGGGGUACCUCGGCGAGGUCAUGAGCUCCACACAGCUUCUGAUGAUCAACGCCUUGCAGAGCAAGACAAUAAGCGAGGAAGAGAGGCUGACGAUGAAGCUGGCCGCUCUGCAGGAGGACAUAGCGGACCAGCCGAUUGCGAUGAUUGCGAAAGGGCUGAGCAAAGUUGGGGAGAUGAACGGGGAGGUGGAAAAGGUUCUGGAUAAUCAUGGUCGACAAAUGGUCAAGGUUUUGGAGGAGGCAGAUGGGCUGAGGAUGAACACGCUUAAGGAGCUUGUGAAGAUAUUGAGUCCUCUUCAGGCAGUGGAUUUUCUGGUGGCGAGUAAGAAGCUUCAUCUCUGUGUGCAUAAUUGGGGAAGGCAGAGGGAUCAGAAGCUUGGGAGGAAAGAAAUCGAUGAGGAAUGUUAA